CAACCCCGCAUUGCACUGCUGCUGUCCCAUGUGGCAGAGACGACAUGGCUGUGAAUGGGGAGGCUAGACCACAGGCCAUCGACCGCGAGGUCCUGCGCCGAGGUCUUGUGACAAGCUCUACGAAAGUGCGAAUUGAGAGUCUGGGGCGGCUCGAGCACCAGGUGGCAGACGAGUCUCUCGUUCCUGCCGACUUGCAGGCUGUUUUAGCAACCCUCUUCGAAACCUAUCCCCUCUACGACGAUCGAGAAUCGCGGCGCGCCGUCGACGCUGUCCUCAAGUCGCUUAUAAACGGCCCACACGGCGACCUCGUCCUGCCGCCUUUUGUCAAAUUCCUGAACCAGGAGUGUCUCAAGAAGGGCAUUGCACACGUCAAUGCAUUUGUGCUGGUAGAGUGGUGCUCGGUGCUGCUUCUGCAGUUUGCCAAGCAGCCAGCAAGAUGGUCAAAAUUCGGCCUGGAUCUGGCGCUGGCAGAUGCGCGUGUUUUGGAGACAUGUGUGGGUGCAGGCAGUGACCGUCGAGCUACCCGCAUCUCGCACUCCGCGCUGGUUGUCACACGGCGCGCCCUGCGUGCUAUUCUGGGCUCGAAAGAGAUUGGACAGGAUGCGCUCGACAAGCUCGUGGCGACCCUUACCGCGAAGGGCACCGCGUCCACGGCUGGCAACGCUGUGUUUCUGGGAGUUAUCGCUGGGGUGUCGUCGCGCUUGUCGGACGUCAAGCCGCGAUUCGAGCAGCACAAGCAGGACUACUACGCUUACUACGUGCGUGAGAUCGUGGGCUCGAGGACCCAGCUACCUGACCACGUAUCGAACGCGCUCCAUGAUUUCUUCGACACAUUCGCCACCCUAGAAGAAGUACGCAAGGAGAUCGUGCCGACUAUCGAAAAGGCUCUUUUGCGCGCACCAGAAGUCGUACUGAACGACAUCAUUUCGCCCAUGGUUCUGGCUCUUCCAGACUCAAUUGACCUCUCAGAUGUCUUGCUCAGCAACUUGCUGAAGCCGUUGCUAUCCAAUGUCAAAUCAACCAACCCUACGAUCCGUGCUGGAACACUGCGAACCUUUACCGCGCUAGCUACCAGAUCACAAAGCGAGGCGGUCAUUAGCAAAGUCGUAGACGAAGUGCUGAAUCCCUUGAAGCAGGGCAAAGUGUCUGGAGUCGAUCAAAAAGUCAUACACGCGCAGAUGCUAUCAGCCUUCGCAGAGUCUACCGCUCUGUCGCAAAAGAUCCCUGCUGGCAUUGCCCCCGUAGCUCUAAAGGAGCCCGGUGAGCCCGCCGUAGUGGCUGAAGUAUCUGCCAUGACUAAGCAUCUCACGUUUGGACUGGCUAACGGGGUCGCUCUGGACAAGACUGUCACAGAUGCCUUCAUCAAGGGCAUGGCAGACAAGCGAGUUCCAGUCCGCCGUCUUUGGGCUAUUCGCGCAGCAGAUAUCUGGUGGGACCUCACAGAAGCUCAGUACGCACAAGCAGACAUUCUGGCCUUCUGUCAAAACACGUUGCCAAAGCUUGUUGAGAUCUGGCAGGAAGUCAAUGCGAAUCCACUCCCUGCAACGCAAAGUGGUCUGGUCACCGUCGGUCACUACGUUACUGCGCUUCUUCUGAAAAUCCGCGACACCAAGGAUGAGAAACUUGCUGCUGUUUACAAAAAGUCCGACGUACUCUCGCAAUCGCUCGUGAGCCAGCCGAAGCCCUCAUUCCUACUCAACACCAAGGUGUACACUAAGCUGUCCACUGAAGACGACAUCGUGGUCGCAUUGCGCGCGCUGAGGGCUAUAGCUCCCUUCGUUAUCGAGGACUCUACAUCCACAGAGGUACAAGACGCAUGGGCGCAGUCUUUCAUUUUCUUCAUUGCCGGACAAGGUGUAUCUUCACGAGCCAAGUCUGCCGCCAGGCAAGUGCUGACACAGACCUAUCUCGAAGAACGGACAGAGAAGAUCAGCGAGAUCAUUAUCCAGGGUCUAUGGUCAUGGUACAGGUCUAGCGAACGUGAAGACAAGGAUAGUGCUGCGUUCGCAUCGAAGAACGGUUCCGCUGAGCUCGGAGCAGUCCUUGGAUGUAUUUGCUUACCGUCUGAUGUCGUGAAGAGGCUUGGACGCAACCUUGCUCAAGAGCAGCUACGCCGGCAGGCCAUCAACUUGCUAGUGCUGGCAAGAGCCGAGCUGGUCCCAAGGACAUCUUGGAUCGAUACUUCCCUUCGCAUGGGAGUUGAUCCUGGUCAGCUUGUCAAGGAAACCCUGCAAGAUUGCAUCUCGGUGAUCAAUGAGGCUACAGAGAACAAGGACAACGAACAGUUUCCAAGUAUUAGCUUGGCAGCAUACAGUGCCUACACCGACCUGGCUUUCGUAGCGCCUGAGACGGCUUUACCGGCCAUAGUGAAGCAGUUUAGCGACGAUCUCGAUCCUAAGCAACUUGAGUCAGUCGGUCCACAAGAAGCAGCUAUUUUCAGAACACCAGAAGGGACAGCAUACGUAGAUGUACUGUCCAAGAAGGCGCCCGUUACAAUUGACAAGAACACCAAGGAUUACGACACUCUCAAAUGGGAGGAGGAUUUGCGUUCGCAACUUGCACAGAAGCAGGGCGCCAAACCCAAGAAGCUCACCUCUGAGGAGCAGGCGAAGGUCAAGGCUCAGCUAGCCAAGGAGUCUGCCAUCAGGUCAGAGGUGGCUACAACAGAACUCAAGAUGAGACGUGGAGUAGGCAUCAUUCAGAGCCUUGCUACAGGUCCUCCUACAGAGGCAGAGCAAUGGAUGGGCGCUGCUGUUGAUCUUCUCAUUCAUUCCAUUCGCGCUGGCGCCGGCCUGCUACUUGGCGACCGACCAGCUACAACAUUUAUUGCAUGCUCGCAUCGCGUCUCAACACGUCUCGGACCCAUUCGACCAUUCGUUGGUGUUGCGACACUGCGAACCAUCGGCUCAAUCCAACUCUCUGAGGAGUAUGAGGGAGAGCCUCUUGGAGAUCUUAUUACACGAGUACUAUAUCGACUUCGUUUCCUCAGCGAACAGCGUCCUCUCGACCCUGUCUCUGUCGCAUACUGCCUGCCACUCAUCUUCCUUGUGCUUGAGAAAGGCGGCAUUGGCAAGGAAUUACCUGAAGAAGCCGAUGAGCAGCUUAUCCUGGCAUUUGAGUUUUUGUCAUUCCAUUCAAACUCAUGCACAGAUACCCGGCUACCACGCAAAGACAUACUCGAGACAUUGGUAUGGUCGAUGCAAAGCUACCAGCAGCACUACAAAGUGAUCAAGGACUGUCUUUCAGACUUUGCCCGAGGUCUGGCUCCUAACAUCACCAACGACGAGUUGGGUGCACUGCUUCGAGGAACCAUCGUACCUGAGGCUGCAGUGCGUACAGCAACGCUGCAGGCUAUUGACGCAGAGCUCGACACAAACGAUCUCAAGUUCAGCGAAGAGAUCUUCAUUGCGACUCAUGAUGAUGACGAAGAAAACGUCGAGCUUGCUCAGACAAUCUGGAGCGAGAACGAGCUGGUUUUAAGUGCUGACGCUGGUGUAAAGAUGCUGCCUUAUCUCGAGUCUCUUGAUAAACAGCUUCGGCGAUCAGCUGCCCGUGCUAUCGGUGAAGUCGUUAUUAAAUUCCCAGAAGCUUUCGAUGGCUUGCUUCAAAAACUUCAGGAGACAUAUGUCGAGAUGGCCAAAGAACGUCUUCCAGAGCGCGACGAGUACGGCAUGCCGCGCAAGAACGAUACUCGGGAUCCAUGGGAAGCUAGAGAUGGUAUCGCGCUUGCCUACAAGGAGAUGACGUCCGGCUUCAAGCCCGAUGGCCUGUCAGACUUCCUCACCUUCAUGGUCUACAAUGGACCCCUCGGUGACAGGAGUGCUGCAGUCCGUGCCCAGAUGAUUGAGGCUGCGACCACAAUCAUCACCAGCCAGGCCAAAUCAAAGGUUGAACAACUCAUGGAGUUGUUUGAGAAUGCGCUCGAGAGUCCUGAUCGCAAAUCAGCAGAAUACGACCAAGUGAAUGAGGCUGUCAUCAUUCUCUACGGUGCGCUGGGUCGCCAUCUGGAGGCAGGAGACAAGCGUGUACCAAAGGUUGUGCAAAGGCUACUCACCACUCUUAGUGUGCCAUCUGAGAGUGUGCAAUAUGCCGUAGCGCAGUGCCUGCCGUCUUUGAUCCGUACCUCCCAGCAGGAGACCUCUGCUUACGUCGAUCAAAUGAUUGAGCAGUUGCUUCAAUCCAAGAAAUAUGCCGCGCGUCGUGGUGCUGCCUACGGUCUCGCUGGUAUUGUUCGCGGCAAGGGUCUCGGUGUCCUCAGAGAGCACCGUAUCAUGUCCACUCUCAACGGUGCUGUUGAGAACAAGAAAGAUCCAAACGCCCGGCAAGGCGCUUUCUUGGCUUACGAGCUUAUGUCGCUCAUUCUUGGGCGUCUGUUCGAGCCAUAUGUCAUCCAGCUUGUCCCACAGCUGCUUGUUGGCUUUGGCGACACCACCACAGACGUCCGUGAUGCUUGCUUAGACGCAGCCAAGACCUGCUUCUCUACCCUCUCUUCAUACGGUGUCAAACAGAUCUUGCCCAUUCUCUUGGAUGGUCUCGACGAACAGCAAUGGCGCAGUAAGAAGGGUGCUUGCGAUUCUCUCGGUGCCAUGGCCUACCUCGAUCCAAACCAGCUCGCUCUGAGUCUGCCAGACAUCAUCCCUCCUCUGACAACUGUGUUGACGGACUCUCAUAAAGAAGUCAGAUCGUCGGCUAACCGUAGCUUGAAGCGCUUCGGAGAGGUCAUCAGCAACCCGGAGAUCAAGCUCGUUGUUGACAUCUUACUCAAGGCACUCAGUGACCCGACCAAGUACACUGACGAUGCCCUUGACUCGCUCAUCAAGAUUCAGUUCGCUCAUUUCCUCGAUGCUCCAUCUUUGGCGCUCGUUGUCCGCAUUCUCGAGCGUGGCCUAGGCGAUCGCUCUAUGACCAAGCGCAAAUCUGCCCAAAUCAUUGGCAGUCUGGCGUAUCUUACAGAUCGCAAAGAUCUCAUCGCUCACUUGCCAAUUCUCGUCGCUGGUCUCCGUGUCGCCAUCGUCGACCCGGUGCCCACCACACGAGCUACUGCGUCGAAAGCUCUUGGUUCGCUUAUGGAGAAGCUUGGAGAGGAUGCGCUGCCUGACCUUAUUCCCAGCCUCAUGUCCACUCUCAAAUCAGACACUGGAGCUGGCGACCGCUUGGGUUCGGCUCAGGCUCUGUCCGAGGUUCUUGCUGGUCUUGGUACUGGACGUCUCGAGGAAACUCUGCCCAGCAUUCUGCAGAACGUUUCCAGCAGCAAAGCGUCUGUACGAGAAGGCUUCAUGUCUCUGUUCAUUUACUUGCCAGCCUGUUUCGGAAACAGUUUCGCGAACUAUCUCAGCAAGAUCAUUCCUCCUAUCCUUGGUGGACUGGCGGACGAAGUUGAGUCCAUUCGCGAGACCGCUCUGCGUGCUGGUCGCCUCUUGGUCAAGAACUUCGCCACGAAGGCCAUUGAUCUGCUCCUGCCCGAGUUGGAGAGGGGUCUCUCAGACGAUAGCCAUCGCAUCCGUCUCAGCUCUGUCGAGCUGGUUGGUGAUCUGCUGUUCAACCUUACCGGUAUCAGCGGAAAGGAAGACGAGGACGUCGAAGAAGGCGCCAAGGAAGCUGGCCAAUCGCUCCUCGAAGUCCUUGGGGAAGAGAAGCGCAACAGGGUCCUCUCUGCUCUCUACAUCUGCCGUUGCGAUACAUCUGGUCUUGUCCGCACGGCUUCCAUCAAUGUCUGGAAGGCGCUGGUGGCUUCUCCACGUAUCCUGCGCGAGCUUAUCCCUACGCUCACCCAAUUCAUCAUUCGUCGUUUGGCCAGCUCCAAUAUGGAGCAGAAGCUCAUUGCUGGAAAUGCUCUUGGAGAACUCAUGCGCAAGUCUGGCGACGGCGUGUUGGCGACUCUGCUCCCUACUCUCGAGGAAGGAUUGCACACGACCGAUACAGAUGCCAAGCAAGGCAUUUGCAUAGCGCUUCGCGAGCUCAUCUCCGCUGCUACACCAGAGCAGCUGGAGGACUACGAAAAGACGCUGAUCCAGGUCGUCAGAACUGCACUGGUCGACUCCGACGAAGACGUACGAGAUGCCGCCGCCGAGGCUUUCGAUGCACUGCAGCAGAUCUUUGGCAAGAAGGCCGUGGACCAUGUCUUGCCUUACCUGCUCAAUCUGCUGCGCAGCGAGGACGACGCACAGAACGCAUUGUCGGCUCUCCUGACGCUCCUCACAGAUCAAGCAAGAUCCAACAUCAUUCUGCCCAACCUUCUACCUACCCUUCUCACCUCACCAAUGUCCGGCUUCAAUGCCCGCGCUAUUGCCUCACUGGCUGAAGUUGCAAGCUCUGCUAUGACAAGGAGGUUGCCUAAUAUCCUCAACACCAUCAUGGACAACAUCAUCGCCUCCAGGGACGAGGGUCUCAAGUCUGAGCUCGAAUCAUCCUUCGAUAAGGUCCUGCUGUCUGUCGAUGAGUACGAUGGUCUUAACACGGCCAUGAGUGUGAUGUUGACUCUGUCCAAGCACAACGACGAGCGUAGACGUACUCGCGCGGACAUGCAUUUGGCCAAGUUCUUCGCCGAAACUGAUGUCGACUUCUCCAGGUAUUAUCCUGAUCUCAUCCGAGCUCUGCUUGUCUCCUUCGACGAUAGUGACAAGGAAGUUGUUAAGGCAGCAUGGACAGCUCUCAGCACACUCACUUCAAAGCGCUUGCGUAAGGAAGAGAUGGAAUCGCUUGUUAUCUCCACUCGUCAAACCUUGUCGCAAGUUGGUGUCGCUGGCGCCAACUUGGCUGGUUUCUCGCUGCCCAAGGGCAUCAGUGCUAUCUUGCCAAUCUUCCUGCAAGGUCUCAUGAACGGAUCGGUCGAUCAGCGCACACAAGCUGCUUUGGCAAUCUCCGAUAUCAUUGACCGUACCGAUGCCAAAUCUCUGCAGCCGUUCGUCACACAAAUCACCGGUCCCCUUAUUCGUGUGGUCACGGAACGUUCGACAGAAGUCAAGUCAGCUAUCUUGCUUACUCUCAACAACUUACUUGAGAAGAUUCCGACCUUCCUCAAGCCGUUCUUGCCCCAGCUGCAGCGCACAUUUGCCAAGUCCCUCGCCGACACAUCCUCAGAUCUUCUGCGAGCGCGUGCAGCCAAGGCGUUGGGUACGCUGAUCAAACUAACCCCCAGGGUGGAUCCACUUAUCGCCGAGCUUGUAACUGGAUCUAAGACUAGCGAUGAGGCUGUUAAGCUGGCUAUGUUGAAGGCGUUGUUCGAGGUUGUCAGCAAGGCCGGCAAGAACAUGAGUGAGGCUAGCAGGAACGCUAUUCUGGGUCUCAUUGACAACGAUCUUGACGACUCAGAUGACUCCAUGGCAAUCACCAACGCCCGCCUCUUGGGUGCUCUGAUCAGUUGUCUCCCAGAGGAAAGCGCUGCCAGCCUGAUCAAGACCCGUGUGCUCACAACUCACUUCACCAAGGCAUCAGUGCUCGCACUGAACGCCAUUCUACUCGAUGCUCCGGGAGCACUCACCGAGAACUCCGCCGACGACACUCUGCACGUUAUUUGCCAAGGUAUCGCCCACAGCCAGCCAGUCAUCUCAGACAACUGCGUGUUGGCAGCCGGCAAAUACCUUCUCAGCGAACAGACAAACAAGACCUUCGAGCACACUAAGCCCAUCUUCGAAGCCCUUGCUCCAGUGGUCGAGCCUGGCCACCCCGUCGACACCAGACGCCUUGCACUUGUCGUACUGCGCACCGUUGCCCGCGAGCACAACGAUCUUGUGCGCCCACACAUCCCGCUCAUGACACCCAUUGUCUUUGCCUCGGUUCGAGACCCUGUGAUCCCUGUCAAGUUGUCCGCUGAAGCAGCGUUCUUGACUAUCUUCUCUGUCGUCGAGGAAGAAGGUGCUGUGUUUGACAAGUACAUGGCGGACAAGGGCAAGACCUUGCCACCUGCGCAGCAGAGAAGCAUGAACGAGUACUUCAAGAGGAUUGCGCUGAGGCUGGCCACCCAGGCUAGGGAGAAGAAGGAGGCCGAGGGUGGCUCUGGCGGAUUGGGAUUGAGUAGUGAUGAGGUCGAGGAUGAGAGGGAGAUUUGGAGUGUUGGGAAGGUGGAGCUGGGCGAUGUAUUUGCAGACGACUCGUAGACGAGACGUAAAAUAGGUGUAGAAAAGCAGGAUCUCCUGCGUAGUGUGGAGUUGAUGAUGCUCGAACAUAUUUGAAAUGCAUAGCGACGUUUUCGGA